AUGGAUGAGUUUAGUCCUCGUGCCCGAAGGCGAAGUGCUUUGCUUACAUGGCAGCAUAUUGCAUCCUUACCCCCUAGCCUACCAGUUGUGUACUGUGGAGGAUUUAAUACACAAAAGGAAUCAACUACUGGACGCUUUCUUCUUGGAAGAUCAAGAGAGCAUGGUGUUGUUGGGGAUAUGCGGGAUGCAUGGCCUAGUGCUCGUGUGAGGAAAAAUGUUUCCCUAAUCCGCACGUAUCAUGGAUUCAAGGGUGACAAACAAGGAACACUUGAAUUCCUGAAGCUAAUUUUUAGAGCCCUUUGCCUCUGCUGGGAUCGCCAAACACAGGAUCUUCACAUUGAUUGGAUCCUUUUCAGAGGUAGAUCUCUGAUUCCUGUUUCAUGUGAAGUGGUAAACGAUAACAUUGAUGGGUAUUAUCCAUCAUCACAUUUUCCUCUAUUUGCCGAGUUUAUGCUUCCUCGCACUAACAGAACAGGGGAAGGGAAAGAGAGCGUGUGUUGCUUGGAAAAAAUGGCGAGAGAGCCUCUGGCUCGUGACGUAUGCAUCUAUGUGUGCAUUUGCAUUCUACUGAUUGCCCACCAAAGUACCUGUUUUUACCUCCCUGGUGUUGCACCUGAGGAUUUCUGGAAGGUCGUUCCAUUUCUUCUUUUCCCUCAAAAUCUAUCCUUACUUGAUUCAUUUUCAUUUGCUGAGGGGCAUGUAAUGCCAAUGGCAGCAAUGGGAGAUCCAUUGAGGGUUAAAGUCAACAAACUGUCUUCCACGAAAACACAGCUUCCUUACUCAUACUAUUCACUGCCUUAUUGUCGCCCAAAACGCAUUGUUGACAGCGCAGAAAAUCUGGGGGAAGUUCUCCGGGGUGACCGCAUUGAAAACUCACCCUAUGUGUUUAAAAUGAGAGAACCACAACUGUGCAAUGUUGUUUGUCGUCUAAUUCUUGAUGAGAAAACGGCCGGAAAGUUCAAAGAGAUGAUAGAUGAUGAAUAUCGGGUGAACAUGAUUCUAGACAAUCUUCCUUUGGUUGUUCCUAUAAGAAGGCUUGAUCAGGAAUCCUCCAUGGUGUAUCUGCAUGGCUUCCUUGUUGGUCUUAAGGGACAGUAUUCUGGAAUCAAAGAGGACAAGUAUUUUAUCAACAACCACUUAGCAUUUGUGGUUAAGUAUCAUAGUGAUCCAGAGCUAGGAUUAUCAAGGAUUGUAGGAUUUGAGGUUAAACCAUUCAGUGUAAAGCAUGAAUACGAAGGAGAAUGGAAUGAGAAAACCCGCUUAACUACCUGUGAUCCCCAUGCCAAAAAGCUAGUCACCAGCUCUGAAUCUCCUCAAGAGGUUGAAGACAAGAAAGAAAUCAUUUUUACCUAUGAUGUUGAGUUUGAGGCAAGUGAUGUGAAGUGGGCAUAUCGCUGGGAUACCUAUCUUCUAAUGGCCGAUGACCAGAUUCACUGGUUUUCAAUUGUCAAUUCUUUGAUGAUUGUACUUUUCCUUUCGGGCAUGGUGGCUAUGAUAAUGUUGCGGACGCUUUAUCGUGAUAUUUCUAAGUACAACCAGUUAGAGACACAAGAAGAAGCACAAGAAGAGACAGGAUGGAAACUUGUCCAUGGGGAUGUAUUCAGGCCUCCACCAAACUCAGAUCUACUGUGUAUAUAUGUUGGAACAGGUGUUCAGUUUUUUGGGAUGAUUCUUGUGACGAUGAUGUUUGCUGCCCUUGGAUUUCUGUCUCCCUCAAAUAGAGGAGGUUUGAUGACAGCCAUGCUCUUGCUCUGGGUAUUGAUGGGACUGUUUGCAGGAUAUACUUCAGGGCGUCUUUACAAGAUGUUCAAGGGAACAGAAUGGAAGAAAAUCUCCUUCGGAACAGCCUUUAUGUUUCCUGCCACUGCCUUUACGGCAUUCUUUGUGCUCAAUGCUCUGAUUUGGGGGCAGAGGUCUUCUGGGGCUGUGCCAUUUCAAACAAUGUUUGCUCUUCUUUUAUUAUGGUUUGGCAUCUCAUUUCCACUCGUAUUUGUUGGUGGUUUUGUGGGGUUUAACAAAAAGCCACCAAUUGAGGAUCCUGUAAAGACAAACAAGAUAGCUAGGCAGAUUCCACAGCAGGCUUGGUACAUGAAUUCUUCAUGCUCUAUUCUAAUAGGAGGCAUACUCCCAUUUGGAGCAGUCUUCAUUGAGCUUUUCUUCAUCCUCACAUCAAUCUGGUUACAUCAAUUUUAUUAUAUAUUUGGUUUCCUGUUCAUUGUGUUCGUCAUCCUCAUCAUCACCUGUGCUGAGAUCACAGUUGUACUCUGCUACUUUCAGCUGUGUAGUGAAGACUACAAUUGGUGGUGGAGGUCAUAUCUGACUUCAGGUUCCUCUGCACUCUACCUUUUCCUAUAUGCUGUAUUUUACUUCUUCACAAAACUUGAGAUCUCAAAACCAAUAUCUGGAAUCUUGUACUUCGGGUACAUGCUGCUGCUUUCAUAUGCUUUUUUUGUGUUGACGGGUACAAUUGGUUUCUAUGCAUGCUUCUGGUUCACAAGGUUGAUCUAUUCGUCAGUGAAAAUUGACUGA